AUGCCGUAUUCCUACGAGUCCGUUUUAAUGGUUGCAAACUCGGUUUACUCCUUUGCAGCUGAAAUCCGGAAACAAAGGCUUGUUGAGAAGUAUAAAAAGCUCAAGGAUGAUCAUAGGAGCUCAGCUGUUGAAGACGAGAAUUCCUUUUCUCUUGACGAAGGGGACGAUGAUUCUCGUGAUGGUGAAAAAGAAGGGAAGAGGAGAGAUUUUAGCAAAUUAGAACUAAAGCCCGACCAUGCGAAUCGACCGUUAUGGGCUUGUGCCGACGGGCGUAUAUUCUUGGAGACAUUCUCUGCUUUGUACAAGCAAGCUUAUGAUUUUCUCAUUGCUAUAGCUGAACCUGUUUGCAGACCGGAGUCGAUGCAUGAGUACAAUCUAACGCUGCAUUCUCUGUAUGCCGCCGUAUCCGUGGGGCUGGAAACCAAAACCAUUAUAUCAGUGUUGGAUAAACUGUCCAAGACCAAGCUCCCUAAAGAAAUGAUUGAUUUCAUACAUGCUUCUACUGCUAAUUACGGCAAAGUCAAGCUCGUGCUCAAGAAGAAUCGUUACUUUUUCGAAUCUCCAUUUCCGGAGGUGCUGAAGAAACUGCUUCAAGAUGAGGUUAUAGCUCGAGCUAGGAUCGUUUCCGAGAAUGUGCACGGAAGUGAUGGAUUUACAAUCAGCAAAACUGCGGGUGAAAUCGAAACUGACCAUGAUGGUUUGCUUAAUGAAGCAGAAUUGGCUGCUGCUGCCGAAGAGAAAGAAACUCAUGCAUUCGAAAUCGACCCUGCUCAGGUUGAAAAUGUGAAGCAACGAUGCCUGCCAAAUGCUCUAAAUUAUCCAAUGUUGGAGGAGUACGACUUUCGGAAUGACACCGUGAGUCAAUCCCGACCUCGACAUGGAACUGAAGCCUCAUGCACAGCCACGACCAUAUCAGGAAAAAGUCUUGGUAAGAUGUUUGGAAAUGGUAGAGCGAGAUCCGGCAUUAUUGUGCUACCUUGUGGUGCUGGAAAGUCUCUAGUUGGUGUUUCUGCAGCAUGCCGGAUAAAGAAAAGUUGCCUUUGUUCAGCAACAAAUGCAGUUUCAGUGGAUCAGUGGGCCUUUCAGUUCAAGCUUUGGUCGACCAUACGAGAUGAACAAAUUUGUCGUUUUACAUCCGACAGCAAAGAGAGGUUCCUCGGGAAUGCGGGAGUGGUUGUGACAACAUAUAAUAUGGUUGCUUUUGGUGGUAAGCGGUCUGAAGAAUCUGAAAAGAUAAUUGAAGAGAUAAGAAACAGAGAAUGGGGACUGCUGCUCAUGGACGAGGUCCAUGUGGUUCCUGCUCACAUGUUUCGGAAAGUCAUCAGUCUCACUAAAUCCCACUGCAAACUGGGGCUUACUGCUACACUUGUGAGAGAGGAUGAAAGAAUUACGGACUUGAACUUCCUUAUCGGUCCCAAGUUGUACGAAGCAAAUUGGCUUGAUCUAGUGAAAGGAGGGUUCAUAGCAAAUGUUCAGUGCGCUGAAGUAUGGUGCCCGAUGACGAAGGAGUUUUUUGCUGAAUAUUUGAAGAAAGAAAACUCCAAGAAGAAACAGGCACUUUAUGUGAUGAAUCCUAAUAAGUUCAGGGCGUGUGAGUUCCUCAUACAAUUCCAUGAACAGGAGCGUGGCGACAAGAUAAUUGUCUUUGCGGACAAUCUUUUUGCAUUAACCGAGUAUGCAAUGAAACUACGCAAGCCUAUGAUCUACGGUGCUACCAGGUUGUUUUUGAACCAUCAACUGCUUGCCGUCGGUGAUAACUCUAUCGAUAUUCCUGAGGCUAACGUGAUCAUUCAGAUUUCAUCUCAUGCCGGUUCAAGACAUCAAGAAGCCCAGAGAUUAGGACGUAUUCUUAGGGAAAAGGGAAAAAUCAAAGAUAGGAUGGCUGGUGGCAAAGAGGAGUAUAACGCGUUCUUCUAUUCCCUCGUUUCUACGGAUACACAGGUGAUAACAGGCUUGCCUCCACCUGAUGCCGGUGCCGGGUUGAGUUACUACCAUCUCGACGAGCAAUUGGCCCUACUCGGAAAAGUCUUGACAGCAGGUGAUGACGCAGUCAGUUUAGAGCAGUUGGAAGAAGACGCAGACGAUAUAGCCCUCCAUAAAGCUCGGCGCUCGACGGGAUCGAUGAGCACAAUGUCGGGCGCAAACGGAAUGGUUUACAUGGAAUACAGCAGGGGGAAGCAUAAACUUGUCGGUCAGGUCCAGAAUAAGAGCAAGCCGAAGGAUCCGUCGAAGCGUCAUCACUUGUUCAAGAAACGCUACGGUUGA